CCGGGAGGACAGCGAGAGUUCCGCCCAAUACACGAGACGGUGUGUCCCGGUUAUUAUCAGAAGAUUAUCACGUUAUCACGUUAUCACGUUAUCACGUUACGUUAGCACGCCGCACUCUGGGACUCUUUUCACAUUUUGCAACCAGACAAGUGGCUGCAGAUCCAAGCUGCCUCGUCGCCUUUCCGUGAGAGGAGCCACCCAGACACGACGUUCACAGAAGCGGCCGGCUGCAGCCUAGCUGAAGAUGUCUGAUAACGGGGAGGUUGAGGACAAGCCCCCAGCUCCGCCCAUGAGGAACACCAGCACCAUGAUUGGCUCCUGCAACAAGGACCCUGCCCCCCUCAACCACGGCUCCAAGCCCCUCCCACCCAACCCUGAGGACAAGAAGAAGAAGGAACGCUCGAUCCGGUUCAUCCUGACGGGCGGAGGCGACAAGACCUAUAAGAAGAAGGAGCGCCCAGAGAUUUCCCUGCCGUCUGAUUUUGAACACACCAUCCAUGUCGGCUUCGACGCCGUCACCGGGGAGUUCACUGGCAUGCCGGAGCAGUGGGCCCGGCUCCUGCAGACGUCCAACAUCACCAAACUGGAGCAGAAGAAGAACCCUCAGGCCGUCCUCGACGUUCUUAAGUUCUACGACUCCAAAGACACGGCCAGCAGCCAGAAAUACAUGAACUUCACAGAUAAAAACGCUGAUGCCUACAGCUCCUCCACCACAACGAGCUCCAAGGCCGUGUCGGAGACGCCUGCCAUAGUGACUGUAUCUGAGGAUGACGACGAAGAUGAGGCCGAGCCCCCGCCGGUGAUCGCCCCCCGACCAGAGCACACCAAAUCAAUAUACACUCGCUCUGUGAUCGAGCCCCUCCCUCCUCCUCCCACCAAAGAUGCUGCGACCUCGCCCAUCUCCCCGCCCCCGGCCGGCGCCGCUGGUGCCGUCACCGUCACCCCCACCGUCACCCCCACCCCACCUGCAGAGGGAGCUCCUGGCAGUCCUCCCAGUGCAAGCCCCGCCCCCGGGCCCUCGGUGCCCCGCCCCCAGGACAAAACCAGGAAGAAGAAGAUGUCGGACGAGGAGAUCCUUGAGAAACUACGGACGAUCGUGAGUGUGGGAGACCCCAAGAAGAAAUAUACACGCUUUGAGAAGAUUGGACAGGGGGCGUCUGGGACGGUGUACACAGCUAUAGACAUCGCUACAGGACAGGAGGUUGCCAUCAAACAGAUGAACCUGCAGCAGCAGCCUAAGAAGGAGCUGAUCAUCAAUGAGAUUCUGGUGAUGAGGGAAAAUAAGCACCCGAACAUUGUCAAUUACCUGGACAGUUACCUGGUGGGUGACGAGCUGUGGGUGGUGAUGGAGUACCUGGCCGGAGGUUCGUUGACUGACGUUGUCACAGAGACCUGCAUGGAUGAAGGCCAGAUAGCUGGUGUGUGCAGAGAGUGUAUCCAUGCGUUGGAGUUCCUCCACUCAAACCAGGUCAUCCAUCGGGACAUUAAGAGCGACAACAUCCUGCUGGGCAUUGACGGCUCCGUCAAACUCACCGACUUCGGGUUCUGCGCCCAGAUCACUCCAGAGCAGAGUAAACGCAGCACCAUGGUGGGGACCCCGUACUGGAUGGCCCCGGAGGUCGUGACCCGCAAAGCCUACGGCCCCAAAGUGGACAUCUGGUCCCUGGGCAUCAUGGCCAUAGAGAUGGUGGAGGGGGAGCCGCCGUACCUGAAUGAGAACCCGCUGAGGGCGCUGUAUCUCAUAGCAACCAACGGGACGCCGGAGCUUCAGAACCCGGAGAAGCUGUCGACGACGUUCAGGGACUUCCUGAACCGAUGUCUGGAGAUGGACGUGGAGAAGAGAGGCUCGGCAAAAGACCUACUGCAGCACCAGUUUCUGAAGAUGGCGAAGCCCCUCUCCAGUCUGACUCCUCUCAUUUUGGCUGCUAAGGAGGCCUCAAUGAGAGCCACAACAACCGCUAGCUAGCCUUGCACUCCUCCAUCUCGUCCUUCCCUCCUUCGUCUCUCUUUCUUCUUCUCUUUUUUGUAGACAGGAGGCCAGCGAUGGCGACAGCCUACAGUCCUUCUCUCCCUUCUUCUUCUUUUUUUUUGUCUUUUACAACCUGCAACAACUGCUCCUUUAUCCUGUGACCUUUGACCCCGAAGCUUGACCUCCCCUAGUCACCCUCACAGGGAAGAAGACGGGUAGGUUCUCUUCCUGUAACUUUCAGUCCGACACUCCGCUGAACUCGAUCAGGAAAAAGAGGGGGGUGGGGGCUAUCUGAAUGACAUCAUCUAUGAUCGUGUGAUGUCAUUGCUUACAUCAUUGGCCCCUCAGCAGGUAUGAACAACCCAAUAGAACAGAAAGAGAGAGUGCUUCAAAAGCCCUGUCUGAAAAAAGGACCACGACAGCCAACCAGCACCCUCUGCUGCAGACUGUGUGUGCAUGUGUGUGUGUGUUAGCUAAUGCGUCUAUGGGUAUCAGUCUGACUUAUUUUCUAAAAGUGCAUUUUUGAUUUUCAUUUUAUAAAUUUGUUUUCUUUUUUUUUUAAAUCAACAUUUGUGUGUGUUUGAAUGUGUGUGUGUGUGUGUGUGUGUGUGUGUGUGUGUGUGUGUGUGUGUGUGUGUGUGUGUGUGUGUGUGUGUGUGUGUGUGUGUGUGUGUGUGUGUGUGUGUGUUUUGUCAACUUGAUUAAGUUCAUGGUAACGGUACCUUCUGUAGUUUUUUCAAAUGGAGCAGGUGAAGUUUGGUACUUUGUGCUAUCUGGGGUGUGAGUCAGAGAAUAUUGAUAUUAAUAAUAAUUAUAAUAAGGAACAGACAUGGCGGGCCCAGAGCCAUCGAUGGGUGUCCGAGCUUGGACGCUUUGGUGGUAAAAAUCAGCCAUUUUGACUCUGUGAAUUCUUCCCAGUAGGAAGCAGCAUUUUCUUUCGCUCCUCCUACUUUUCUUAGGUUUUGUAAAUAAUUCACAGUUGCUAAAUUAAAAUGAGAUAUAGCAUUGUGCUCCUAUAACAUUGUUUGACAAUAAGCUAGACAAAAAAAAAGAAGAUGAAAAAAGGAAACUGAUGCAAACCAAACCAAGCCGCCCUGUUUGAACUUAUUUCACUGUUGAGUUAAAUGUUUUCUAUUCAGAGCGGUACUUGUUAGAAUUCGCUUGACGCAAACAUAAAUGUAUUAAGUCUUCUCCAGGAAAUAAAGGCUUUAUUGUCUCAUCGUUGUCUUGAAAUUACAAAAAAAAAAAGAGACUUAGCUCCAAACAACCCUUAUGCUCACAAAGUAAUGCUUGCAUAGGAGCGCGUGGACAGAACGUUUUUCUGUGAUGCUCUUUUAAUUGAAGAUAGAAAAAUCAUUUUUGAACAAUUAAAGCAUGGUUAUUGUAAAGGCAUCGUCAUGUUAGACCUAAAAACAAACUCAACUACUCAGCGCAUUUUGGUUUCAAGCCUCCAACAGGGAGUCCGACAGAUCUCAAGCAAUAAGUGGCCGUUUUGUUGGUAUUCCACCAAUUGGAAUGUUCCACUUGGAGCUGCAGUUCAGACCUAGAGAGGGAUGUAGACCAGGCGGUAACCUCUGGUUCUGAUGAGUGAAGCCAAUGCGGAAGCAU